AAACAGUGGGGUGCUUAGUUUCCACAAACAGAAAAUCACAACAGCAUCAUAAAAAUGUUUACUUUUCAGGGACUUAUCAGUUAUUUUAUAUAUAGAAAUUACUCUUUAAUUUCUCAAUCUUGAAAUCACUUGUGGUAAAGAGGAAGCUGUUGGGGGGAGUGAGGACAGUGAAAUGAUUAAGAAGAUGAAAUGAGUUUGACCCUAUCUUAAGAUAUUACCAUUAUUGAUCUCUGCCAGAGAGAAUUCUUGUUAACUUAUUCUGACAGAUCUGCCUGGAACUUUUUUAAAUGGUGUCUUUCCUGAUUUUGUUUCUUGUGCACCCAACUCACCGCUGUGGCAUGUUGAUUGAAUGUGGGAACACAGCCUUGGCCCACGUGCCUUGCUACUUAGUGUUUGUGGGAACCUGGCUAAAUUGCAGCCCCUCUAAGUGUUGAUUUCUUCCUCUGUAAGUGUGGAUAGGAGCACAAUAUAACUAGCUGAUAAGUCUUUUCCAUUAAAUAUCAAUUGUUUGGCAUAGCGCCUAGGAGGUAGUAUAGUGUACAAUAAAUGUUAGCAGUAAUAGUGAUGAGAUAAUUGUGAAUCCUAACUCUGUCCUCCUUAAAGUGCUAGGUAAUAGUCUAGUAAAACAUCAGACAUUUAGUUUUGAAAUUUUAUUUAUAUUAAAAUUAUAUAUUCAUUGAUUGUAUUUUAUUUCUAGCUUUGAAACAUUAUUAUUUAUUUCUCUACUUUGAGAUUUUCAUAAUCCAACACAUGUAUGUAUAACCUUUCUUUCCUUGUACAUUCAUCUCUACUGUAAAAAAAAGUACUCAGAGAUAUCCUGAUCUCAUAUUUAAUAGAAUUAACUUCUCCCUUGCCUCUUUCCUGUUUUUGCUCCCUCAUGCCCAAGUCUUGUGAGAAACUUGUGUCUGUUCUGUCUUGUAAGAAACUUCUGUGGGUGGACAGAAAAAUAAGAGUAGAUAAAAACACAGCAUGUAAUAAAGCAGAGCAGAUAAUUCCAGUAGAGGGAGAUAUUGGCAAAGUAAUCAAGCCACAUAAUAUGCAGGUGCAACGGGCAUCAAAUUUAAAAAUGAAGCUUUUCCUGGGUACAAAGUUUAACUAAUCAAGAAUUAAAUAAAUAAUAAGUUGAGUAACACUGUGGUUUCUGUUCUGCUAGUUGCCAAACCCAAGCUCGAUAUACAGGUAUCUGGGAAUGCACUAUGCAGACUGCAGACACCAUUUCCAUCCCAACGGAACUUAACUGUUUCAGGAAUAGCAGUGAAGAUGUUACUGAUUUUCCAAAAAUAUUUUGUGAAACUUCCCAGAAACUGGUGAAUGUGGAAGCGUUUGCUCUGGCUGCAAAGUAUUAUUCUGUACAAAACUUGGGGAUAUGUACUUCUUUUGAUCAACUUCUUGUGGCCCUUCAUGGAAAUCAAAAACAGAAAACUGAUGAGAAUGUGAAACUUGAUGAGUUUAUGAAUUUGAAAAAAUCUCAUGAAGUUCAGGCAAUGUCAGAACUCAUCAGCAGUAUUGCUGAAUACUGUGGAAUAAAGCAGAUAAUUGACCUGGGUUCUGGAAAAGGCUACCUAAGCUCCUUUUUGUCCUUAAAGUAUGGCUUAAAAGUUUAUGGAAUCGAUUCCUCAAAUACUCGUGGAGCUGAGGAGAGAAACAGGAAACUGAAGAAACAUUGGAAAGUCUAUGGUAGGCGGUCAAAACCAGAUGUCAGUGGACUGGCGUUACAGACAACGAAAGAAAGGAAAGUGCAAGAUGAAACUAAAGCAGACAUUGAGGGAAUAUGUAACAGCAGUACUGCAAGUCAAGAGAAGCCACCAGCCUCAGACUUUUUAUCAGAGUUUUCAGGUUCUGUGAUUUCUGACAUCAGAAGACAAAUGGAAAACCUAAAGAUUUAUUCACACCGAGAGGAAAAUUUGUGUUUUGAAAAUGCCUUUUCUCUUAGAGACCUUUUGCCUGUUAAUGCCAUAGAACCUAAUUCCUCAUCCCAAAUACCUAAGAGAAAAAUGUCUGAAGCAAGUAAAGAGAGAAGAAAAAUUACUUCGAAGUCAAAUGAAUCAAAUAUAUAUUCACCUUUAACAUCUAUUAUCACUGCUGAUUCGGAACUACACGAUAUUAUUAAAGAUCUGGAGGAUUGUUUGAUGGUAGGUCUACAUACUUGUGGUGAUCUUGCUCCAAAUACUCUGCGAAUAUUCACUUCCAAGUCUGAAGUCAAAGGAGUUUGCAGUGUGGGUUGCUGCUAUCACCUCUUAUCUGAAGAGUUUGAAAACCCACAUAAAGGAGCUGGAGAGAGAGCUUCUUUUGGUUGUUUUUCCUGUCAAGAAUAUACCCAAGAAAGGCGGGGAUUUCCCAUGUGCCACUAUUUGAAGGAAGAGAGAUGGUGCUGUGGCCGAAACGCCAGGAUGUCAGCCUGUUUGGCUCUGGAGCGGGUUGCAGUUGGCCAAGGGCUGCCUACUGAGUCCCUCUUCUAUCGUGCCAUACUGCAGGAUAUUAUUAAAGAGUGUUAUGGCAUCACCAAAUGUGACCGGCAUGUUGGUAAAAUUUAUUCCAAAUCCUCCUCCUUUCUGGAUUAUGUCAGAAAGUCUCUAAAGAAGCUUGGGUUGGAUGAGUCCAAGCUGCCAGAAAAAAUUAUAAUGGACUACUACGAGAAAUAUAAGCCUAGAAUGAAUGAACUGGAGGCUUUUAAUAUGUUGAAAGUUGUUCUAGCUCCUUGCAUAGAGACCUUGAUUCUUCUGGAUCGACUUUGCUACCUGAAAGAGCAGGAUGAUAUCAUGUGGUCUGCACUUGUGAGGUUGUUUGAUCCUGUGAAAUCUCCCAGAUGUUAUGCCAUUAUUGCCCUGAAGAAGCAGCAAUGAUUUCAAUUGAAGCAAGGUAUUAGCUAUAUCUGUUUGUGGAAUCUUUUGCUAAUUUUGUUUUUCUAAACAUUAAUACAAUGUUAUGUAAAUAUUUGAAAGACAUUGUUAUAUAUCUUAAAUAGACAAUAAAACAAUAGCUAAAGCAGAAUGCCUUAAUCCAUUUUCUAUUGUCAAAGCAUACAUUAAUUAAAAAAAAUUAAAACUCAUGAAAAUAUUAGAAAAGAAUUGACCUACA